AUGGCCGAGGACUCGGGGAAGUUGGAUGAAGAAGAGCGUGAUGUGUUGCUUUGCCAUUUCGGUGAUUGGGCGGAUAAUGUACGGCCAAACAAUAACAACAACCAAGAUGUUGUUCAAGAACUACAUGUUCAAGAACCUGCUGUAAUUGCUGCCGGAGCUGUAGUACAAGAUCUCCAUGCAAUUGAUCCUGCACUUCUUUUGGCGGGUGAUCAAGUUUAUGCCGCUUGUUCCAACUGUGUUCUUGCCAGGAAAGGUGAUACUUGUACCUCGGACAGUCCUGGUAUGCGAUGCAACAUGUAUGUGAUAGGCAAAGGAGGAUGCAACUUCAGGAGGCGGUUGUUAAGGCAAGGGAUGUGA